AUGAGUACUUUUGGCACAAUUUUUCGAGUGACAACUUAUGGUGAAUCUCACGGUAAAUCUGUCGGAUGCAUAGUGGAUAAUUGCCCUCCUGGGUUGCCCCUUGUCGAAGCCGACAUACAAACUCAGCUUAGCAGACGGAGGCCCGGGCAAAGCGACUUGACCACACCACGCGACGAAAAGGAUCUAGUAACCAUACAAUCGGGAACGGAGUUUGGAAUAACCCUUGGGACGCCAAUUGGACUGCUGGUUCCCAAUCAGGACCAACGCCCUCACGAUUACUCAGAAACAGACCUCUAUCCGAGGCCUAGCCAUGCCGACUGGACCUAUCUGCAAAAGUAUGGUGUCAAAGCUAGCAGCGGUGGUGGAAGAUCGUCGGCCAGGGAAACGAUAGGACGAGUUGCUGCUGGUGCAAUCGCGGAGAAAUAUCUUAAGCUCGCGCAUGGAGUUGAGAUCGUGGCAUUUGUGUCAUCGGUUUCAAAUGUUGCAAUGCCUUUCAUUCAGACCGAGGACGAAAACGCCUUCCCCGAGGGUUUCUGGGAGUUCCUAAAUGCCAUAACUAGAGAAGAAGUUGACAAAGAUCCUGUGCGAUGCCCAGAUAAUGAGAUUUCCGAAAAGAUGCGAAAGCGAAUUCUUGAGGUCAAAGCGGCCAAAGAUUCGGUGGGAGGAACUGUUACAUGCGUUAUUCGCAAUGUCCCAUUGGGACUAGGGGAACCGUGUUUUGACAAGUUAGAAGCGAAGUUAGCGCACGCGAUGCUUUCAAUUCCAGCCACCAAAGGAUUUGAGGUUGGUAGUGGUUUCAAGGGAACCACAUUAUUUGGCCAUCAGCAUAACGACCCAUGGGUCAAAAAAGAGAAUGGUAUAUUGGGAACUAAAACCAAUAAUUCAGGAGGUAUUCAGGGUGGUAUUACGAACGGCGAAAAUAUUUAUUUUCGUGUCGCCUUCAAACCACCGGCCACCAUCUCUCAAGCUCAACAAACGGCCACGUAUGAUGGUGAGGAUGGUACGCUCGCCGCAAGGGGUCGUCAUGAUCCCUGCGUGGUACCACGUGCGGUGCCGAUUGUCGAAUCCAUGGCAGCUUUGGUUAUUAUGGAUGCCGUGAUGAUUCAGCAAUCGAGACAAUCCGCUGCCUCACUUCUACCCCCAAUACCCAACCUUCCGCCGGCGAUGGUGGGUGCCGUACAAUCUCGUGAACAAAAAAAAAUAAGGACCGAAUGA